AUGACUGGUAUUCCUGACGAGCAGCGAAGCCAGCUAGUGCGGAAGAUGAAGAAGAAGAGGGAUGCCCUGGUGUUCUAUUGCUCUGUGAUUCUGUGUUUGAAGCUGAGCGUCUCACAGAACAACACAACAGUGCCGGUGAAGGUGGGAGUUUUGCUUGAUCUUUCCCACACAACGGCUAAGAUCGGAUUGAGCUCUAUCAACAUGUCCCUCUCUGACUUUUAUGCCUCUCAUUCUCAUUACAGCACCAGGCUCCUCCUUCACGUCAGAGACUCCCACACAGAUGUUAUCACUGCAUCAUCUCAAGCUAUAGAUCUCACAAAAGGCGAGGAAGUGCAAGCCAUAAUCGGACCCCUUACGUCAAUGGAAGCUAACUUUGUGAUCAGUCUUGGAGACAAAGCUCAUGUGCCCAUCUUAACAUUUUCGGCAACGACUCCUUCUCUUGCUUCCCUUCGGAGUCCAUAUUUCUUUCGACUCGCACAAAACGAUUCAUCUCAAGUGAACGCCAUCGCUGCCAUCGUACAAGCUUUUGGGUGGAGAAAAGCAGUGCCCAUUUACGUAGACAACGAGUACGGGAAGGGGGUAAUACCCUUUUUGACUAAUGCUCUGCAACAAGCGUAUGUUCAAAUCCCAUAUCUCAGCGCCAUCUCUCCUUCAGCCACAGAUGAAGACAUCAGAGGAGAGCUUUACAAGUUGAUGACCAUGCAAACCAGAGUGUUCGUUGUUCACAUGUCCGCAAAUCCUGGCAUUCGUCUCUUCAGCAUAGCUUAUGAGAUUGGCAUGAUGAACGAAGGCUAUGUUUGGAUCGUCACCGAUGGUUUGGGUAACGAGAUAAAUUCCUUGGACUCCUCAGUGAUAGAUUCAAUGCAAGGAGUACUGGGUGUGAGGACUUAUGUUCCCAAAACAAAACGGCAUGACGAUUUUAAAGUUCGAUGGAGAAGAAAGUUCGUGCGAGACAAUCCUACCCUUGUUGAUACGGAUUUGAAUAUUUUUGGAAAAUGGGCUUAUGAUGCUGCCACUGCAUUAGCUAUGGCUGUUGAGAAGGCUGGCACCAACAAUCUCGGCUUUGAUAUGAGCAAUGCUUCGGGUAAAUUUUCUGAUCUUGAAAAGUUGGGAGCUUCACAGAAUGGGGAAAGGCUGCGUGGGGCAUUAUUAGAUACUAGAUUUAGGGGCAUCAGUGGAGAGUUCAGUGUUAUUGACGGGCAACUGCAAGCAUCCACAUUUGAGAUAAUCAACGUUAAUGGGAAUGGAGAAAGACGGGUAGGAUUUUGGACACCAGAAAAAGGAAUAACAAGGAACCUGAAUUUCACAAGCGCAAGCACAUAUUCUACUUCCAGGAAUAAUUUAAAGCCUAUCAUAUGGCCAGGAGAUACAUACUCUCUUCCAAAGGGUUGGGAUAAUCCUACAAAUGAGAAAAAGAUGAGGAUAGGAGUUCCAGUGAAAAAGGGUUUUACUGAAUUUGUGAAGCUAUCACAUAAUCGUAUCACCAAUACAACAGAUGUCGAUGGAUUCAGCAUCGAAGUAUUUAAGGAAGUGCUGAAAGUUUUGCCCUACGCAGUCCCUUACGAAUUCAUCCCAUUUGCAAAACCCGAUGGAGGACCUGCAGGAACAUACGAUGAGCUGAUCAACCGAGUUUCUAAUGGGAAUCUUGAUGCAGUUGUUGGGGAUACGGCGAUUACUGCCGACAGGUCAAAUGAUGUGGACUUCACUAUGCCAUACACAGAAUCUGGAGGAACAAUGAUUGUUCUGUUAGUAGAAAAUAAGCACAAGAGUCCGUGGGCAUUCUUGAAGCCAUUGACGUGGGAUCUGUGGGUCACCACAACUAUUUCGUUCAUAUUUGUUGCCUUCGUCGUAUGGGUGCUUGAGCAUCGAAUAAACGAUACGUUCCGAGGACCGCCCUCACAUCAGAUUGGCACCAGCUUAUGGUUUUCAUUCUCAAUCUUGGUGUUUGCCCAUCGGGAGAAAAUAGUGAGCAACUGUUCUAGAUUUGUGGUGACGAUGUGGGUCUUCGUGGUUCUAAUUUUGAUCCAAAGCUACACGGCGAGCUUGACUUCCCUCUUAACGGUUAAACAGCUGCGUCCAAGCGUUACAGAUGUGAAUCAGUUGAUCAAAAAUAAGCUGAAUGUGGGCUACUACACUGGUUCUUUUGUGCGUGGGAUGUUAAAAGAUAUGGGAUUUCAAGAAUCCCAGCUCAUUCCUUAUCAUUCCGCAGAACACUGUGACGAACUGUUUACAUUGGGAACUGCCAAGGGUGGCAUUGACGCUGCUUUUGACGAAAUGCCCAAUGUGAAGCUGUUUCUUGCAACUUACUGCUCCAAGUAUACUUCCACAGUUCCGCCUUCUUUUAGAACUGACGGCUUUGGUUAUGUGUUUCCUAAAGGGUCUCCUCUCGUAGCAGACAUUUCAAGGGGAAUCAUAAAUGUGACUCAGGGAGAUAAAAUGAAAACAAUAGAGAACGCAUGGUUCAAGAGAAGUCAUUGUCCAGAGAAGGAUGCUUCGGUUUCUUCCGCUCAUCUAAGCGUCGAUAGUUUCUGGGGCCUCUUCUUCAUUGCUGGGGUUGCUGCAAUUUCAGCUCUCCUCAUAUUUGCCGUCACAUUCCUAUACCAGCAUAAGCAUAUCUUGCACCCCAAUCCAUCUGACUCCUCAUCAUCAAUAUGGAAACGAAUCAGUGCGUUGCUUAAAGUGUUUGACGACAAAGACUUGAGCUCCCACACGUUCAGAAAAAGUGAACAUCAAAGUUCACCAAAUACUCACUGCCCACCAAGUCCGUCGAGUCAAACAGAAUCAAACUUCUCGUUUUCGGUAGAACAUGGAAACGUUAAUCCAUAUGGAGAUGAACCGCAGGAUGACAUGGAGAUAAGCAUGGUGCAUAAUUCCCCACCUUCACCCUCACCUGAAAGUAGUCCUUCAAAUAACUGAUGCAGAUUAGCCCCAUCUCAAUCUGACACUCAUAUACGUAUAUGUAGUAUUAUAUUGCUCUUGCUCAUGUAUCCAUAGAUAUAUCUAAUAAUUUCUGUAAGUAGAAA